AGGCGGCCCGUGACAACGACGCCUCAAUCACUCAAAUGGCCUGUCUUCCGAUCGAGAUUCUUACACAGGUAGUGGGCGGAGGGGCCGGAGGGCUCUGUCCACUUGCUAGCCUGCCUUACAUCAAUCGCCAAUGCCAGACUGUUGUCGGGAGCAUUCUCUGGUGGGAGAUGAUGGGAGACUUUUAAAAGACUUGGCGCUAGUACUAGACGGUGUCAGUCCCACCAAGUCCAACGAGAGGAACCAGAGGAGCCCAAAGGCUUCGGAGCUCUAACAUUCGAACGCGAUGAGACGCAUGGGAGAGAAGCAGACACUCUCGGCUCGCACGCAUGUGGCAACGAAGACGUCUACGGGGGCUGAAGGGUCGCCAUUCCCGUUUGGGCUAGCCUCACAUCUAGCCCCUUGGCUGAGCGCCACACCUCCCACGAUAGUGUCCACGCCCUCCAGACUCUCGAGUUUACGAGCUACAACCUCAACUGCCGGAUCACCACUGACUCGCUCUGUGACUCCAACCGAUGGCAUGCGCAUCGAGGCUUCGUUGUCAACCGACUUCAACGACCCUACAGCGGUAGCGGGCAGACUCGCUGAUAGGAAAACUAAGCACAUCGGUCGAAGCGGGAGAUCCUCCACCCAGGGAUCCGGAACUGCAUUGCGCUUCAUCUCCAUUAUCUACUCUCCGGCCAGACGGCCAUGCACCUGUUGGUCCAAAGCCUCUGGCAGAAGUCAACACUUUCGCCCUCGUAAACUUCCCCACAUCCAAAUUGUACAAAGUGCCAAGUCGUUCCCGCGCUGGGCGCCGCUGGGCAUGUUGGCACGCUGAUUUGUGGGGUCUCCGCUCCAGCGUGCCCGUUCGCGACUUGGCGAGGCGUUUCGGCAGAUGGGUAAAUCGCUCUGCCAUUCA